CGAAAAGCUGAUUUCAUCGGCAAGUUUUGUUUAUUUUUCAUUUCAUAUUUUCUGCCGUAGAUAUGGCGCGUGACACAAACUGUGUAAAUUUGCUAUUCUAAUGUUUUAGUUUAUUUAAAAUAGUAUUGAUUUCUUUUAUGAUGUCUAUGCUUUAAAAAGUAUGUUGAAUUGGUAUAUUGAAAAGCAAGAGCUUAGAUGCACACCAUCAAUUUUAGAUGGAUUCGAUACUAUUAAAGAAGCUAAAUGUCGGAAAGAAGGAGCUCGCUUUAUCCAGGAACUUGGGAAGCAAAUGGGCCUAGGGUGUGCCACUAUUGCUACUGGUAUUGUUUAUUUUCAGAGAUUUUAUUUGUCCUACUCAUUUAAAAGUAUUUCAAAAUAUUUAGCUGCUUGUUGUUGUCUUUUUCUCUCUGGAAAAGUUGAAGAAACACCUAAAAGAGCCAAAGACAUCAUUAGAACUGCAAAAGAAAUACUUACAGAAACGGAAUUUAAAGAAUUAGGUGAAAAUCCUAAGGGAGAUAUGAUGAAGUUAGAAAAUGUUUUACUCAAGUCUAUUCAGUUUAAUUUUAAUGUUGCCCAUCCAUACAACUGUAUACUAAAAUAUGCUAAACGUUUAAAAGGAAGAAAAGAAGAUUUAGAAAAAUUGGUUCAGAGUGCUUGGAUAUUUGUAAACGACAGUUUGUGCACAACGAUUUGCAUUCAGUGGCAGCCAGAAGUAAUUGCUGUCGCAUCUCUUCAUUUAGCAUCAAAAAUAAACAGAUUUGAAAUAGAUGAUUGGGAAAAUCGCAAAAUAAACCAAUGUUAUUGGUGGGAGGCCUAUGCUGAAGGAUUUUCAAUAAAGAUGAUAGAAGGCAUAUGUCAUGAACUUUUAGACAUGUAUACAUCUGGGUUUGAUUCAUCGCAAGAAGCUGUAAGAGAAGCAGAAACAGGUAGUAAUGACAAAUCAGAAACCAAUACUGUCUGCUGUGUUGAGUCUGAAACUUUUGAGAAUGAAAAUUUUGAAACAGAAACUUUAGGUUUUGUAAACGAAUUACAAAAUAAACAUGGAGAUGAAACCAUUGAUUCAAUUCUUAACAUUGAUGUUCCAUCUAGGGAAAGAAAAAUUCCUUCCAAUUACAAUAAUAUAUUGUACAAGCCAACUACUGCAACUUCUUCUUUAAAGCUAAAUGAGGAUGUAUGGAAUAUUUUAAAGAAAAUUCAAGUAACUGACACAACUCCUGCGAACAUUGUUUUACAACAAAACAUACUUUCUACUUCCUGCUACUACAACAUGUCUUUAUUGAAUUCAAAAGAUAUAGAUUCUAAAUUGGGUAGAUCAAAUAAUAAUUCCUAUAAUACAACUGAUCUCCCUGUUUCUCAAAGCAACACCAACCACACGAUUUGUAACAACAGUAACAGUUUCUCAUACAAUCCAUUACCAUCAUUAAAACAUUCAGUUUCAAUUCAAGAAUUUGAUUUGAAAUCAAAUAAACUAUGCGUUCUUCCGACAUCAGAUACACCAAUGUUUUCGAAAGCUUCAUACCAGAAUGUUAUAAAAGAAAUUAAUAACAGUAAUAUGCAUCUCAGGCCUUUAUUACCUAAUAAGCUACAUCCUGCUUUGUCUAUUCACAGAGCUAAUAAUUUGUUUCCUUUUCGUAAUUCGAAUGUAAUUCCUCCUGAUCUUCCCAUUGAUCGCAAUAGUAGUUUAGCUUUCUCUAACUACUCCUUACUCCAAACUGUUACAAUACCACAACACGAACAUAGUGAUGAAAAACUACCGCCAUCAAGUGUGUCACAACCAUUUUGCCUUCCUCAGAACUUGCACUCAGUGUCUAACACAGUUUUUCAAAAUGAAGAUUUUGCUUGGGAGGAAAAUAAUUUAAAUAAAAGUGAUUUCAAUGCACCGUCUGCAUCAACAGAGGUAUUAUAUUCACAAAAAGAAAUUUCCUAUUUACCAGAAGAUCCUCCACGGCUCGAAGAAGAAUCUCCUUAUAUGGAAGGUCCAGCUUAUUUACCAGAGGAAGCAUCUUAUUUGCAGAAUAGGCCAUCUUAUUUACUUGAAAAGCUUACUCAUUCACCAGUGGUUCCAGCUUUUUUAUCAACGCCCCCUUCUGGUUCUCCAAAAGGACUAUCUUAUAAGGCAGCUGGAUCAUCAUUUCAAUUUGCAAUUCCAAAAGUCAGAAACAAAAAAUUCAAAACAAAACGAAAUUUUUCUAAGGUUAGACCACAUGUGUAUCAUCAAAAACUUCAGCCCUGAACUUUUUGCAUUAUGUUGAUGAAGAAAUGUUUAUUGCUUAAACUUCCAAAUAUUUUUUGAAACUCUUAUUUCCAUGCUUACUAUGUGCAUGUACAGUGCACACAAAAAAGGACUAUCCUGUAUAACUAUUGAUCUAAUGAAUAGAUUUUCACUUUCUGGGACUCUAUGGUUCAAGAGGGUGACUUUAAAUAUGCUAAUUCAUUAGUGUAAAUGAUAUUUUAAGUUACGGAAUCUGACACAAAAUCGUAUUUUUUCUGAAUAAACAUUACUUUUUUUAGAUGGAUUCUGAUUUUUGACCCUCAAAAUAUAGGUGAAGCGGCAUUUUGGGUCAGGGGAGUAAUCCAAAGUUGGAACCUCUUAAUGUUAAUUUUACUUAUUGCAUACUUUGUACAUUUCGAACUUUUUAAGCGAAUUGAAUA